CUUUCGAUACCAGGUUCGUGUUUGAUUCGAAGCGCUUUGAUACCCAUUUAUCCAAUCGAGUGAUGGGUUGAUCUAAAAACUCCAGCUUUAGCCGCGGAUCCCUCCAAAUCAGUGCUGUCCAGUUACAAAUUAGGAAGACGAGCUCGACUGUUUCCGGCGCUUUGUUGCACAGUUGACAUACGGGAGAAGGUAAGAUCUUUUCUUUUGUAAAGAUUUUCUCCUGUGGGUAAUGCAUUCUGGCAAGCGCUCCAUAGAAAGAGGUGUUCAAAUUCCAUAGUUGUGUCCAGAAAGACCUGGGAAUCUGGAAUGAGGUAGAGGCUGAGGCUGUUUGUUGUUGUAGGCUCGGUGGACAUAGCUUGUUAUAGUCGCAUUUCACUGUGUAUGUCCCUGAAUUUAUUCCCUGUCCACACAAGCCGAUCCUCCUCUCAGUUUUCUCUUAGAGGGAUUGCUAGAACUUCGCUAACUAUAUGCUCAUCAAAGAGAGUCCGCAGCCUAUUCUCAUCCCAGGUUCUGCUUCCCUGAUUAAUCAGGUCCUCCACUCUUUGGGGGUCGUUUCGGUUUGCUGACCUGCCAAUGACCCCCAUGUUCAGCCACUUGUCCUCUCGGAUUUUCAUCUUUUUUCCAUUUCCCACAGCCCACCUUAUGUCCUUACUGAUAGAGUCCCUGCCAAUAAGCAUACUUUGCCAUCCCCAAGAAGGAUGUGACCACUUUCUUGCUUUCCAAAAAUCUCCUUCGGGAAAGUAUAUUCCUUUGAAUAACUGGCUCCAAAGGGCUAACUGAGUUUGUGAGAGUCUCCAGGCUUGUUUACCCAGCAUUGCUUUGUUGAAAGAUAUAAGAUCAUGAACACCCAUCCCUCCACUAUCUUUCCUGGCUUUGAGAGUUUCGCAUUUCUUCCAAUGCAGCCCAGAUUUCGCCUCAUUCUCCUUCUGCCAAAAAGGAAGCAAUGCUUUGUUCAAUCGCUCUACACACAAAAAAUGAAAAUUUGAAAAUGGACAUGGCAUAUUGAGGCAAAGUUUGCACAACAGUCUUAAUCAGUCUCCUUUCCUGCUUUAGAAAUAAGUUUUUCUGUCCAACCUUCCAACUUCAUGUUUACCCUUGCUAGAAUCCACGCGAACAUUUGCUUUUUGGUUUGUCCCUAGUCGGAUGGGAUUCCCAAAUACUUCCCUGUUUUGUUAAUCACAGGUACUCUUAGUUUAAGACCAUGUUCCUACUAAGGUUUUCCAGUCAUCCCCUGCUGAAAAAAAUCCCUGAUUUGUUCAAAUUGACAGCCUGUCCUGAAGCAAAGCAAUACUGGUUCGACACUGCUGCUUAGUUCUGGCAUUCCUUAACCUUUUCAUCCAGAAAAAAUAUGGCAUUGUCCGCCAAAUAAAAGAUGGGACAAGGUGGGGCAAAAUCUAUUAAGCUUGAUCCCUGUGAUACUCCCAUCCUUGACUGCCUUGUUCAAAAGAUUAUGAAUAAGUAGGGUGAAAGAGGGUCACCUUGCCUAAUGCCUCUCAUGGGUUGGAACAAUUCUAGUGGCUCGACGUUAAAGCUCUAGUGGCUCACACUAGUUAUGGACCUUGCAUUAUGUGGUUCGCGAGUGACUUUGAUAGAAAAGUUGAGAUUUUGAGUUAGCAUAUAAGUUUGGUUUCUCAUAUUUGCACACUCAAUACUCCUAAAUACACCCUAAUCUCCUUAUGAAUAAUGUUUUAGAAAUUCUGCAUUGCAUCAUAAAUUUGUGGGAAAAUUACACAAAAAUUACCCUAAUUUGGGGGGUAGUACAUAGUUGCUCCUAAACUUUCGAUCAUUACACAUUAUUCCACCAAACUUUCAUUUUGUUUUAGCCGUAAAACAAAGUGAUGUAACCAUCCUUCCAAAGGACCAGCCAAAAUGGUUGGAAUGGGCUGGAGCUGGCAAUACAAAAGGAGACAUCGAAGCAUUCCAUAGCAUUAAGGCAUCUUCAGUAUUUCAUGAGCAUAAAUCAUGCCCACAAUAAUGCAUUUUAUAUUCACAAAGGUGUCGCCUUGGAUUUUCUGGUGCAUUGAAUCUUCCACCACACAAAGACAACGACCACAGGAGCGUGGUUAUUGUUCCCGGUCAAUAAUGAAUUACUAAUUUAUAUCUAGCUCGACAAGUUUUACUUACUGAUGCGGUUCUGGUUGCCAACUGGUUCGAUUAUAUAAUUCAAACCAAUAAAGAGACAAUGGGCAACGACAAGGCAUCUGUGUUUCCUGAGAGGCAUUCUGGUUUUCUUCUUCAUCAGACUUGAAAGCAAAAACGAAAUGGAUCGUCUCAUUUUUGGGCAUUCUUUCGCUGUGCUCCUGGCACUGAUCCUUUUCCCUGGGCUUGCGUUAUAUUUUCUCAAUAAGAAGAAAGCUAGUGUGCAUGGAAAUGCAGAAGAUGCUUAUACUGGCGCAUCUAGUUCGUUGACUGCGGCAACGGGAACUAAUGCAGGCGGAUCUAAUUUGUCUUCGACAGAAACUAAUAAUGGAGCAUCUAGUUCGUCAACCACGCCAAUUGAAAACCAUUACGAGGUGUUCUUGAGCUUCAGAGGUAGAGAUACUCGAAAAGGCUUCACAGAUCACCUCUACAAUGGGCUCAUCAAUGCUGGAAUUGAUGCUUUCAAAGAUGAAAAAGAGCUCCGAGAAGGCAGGAAGAUCGGCCCAGAUCUUUUUGCAGCCAUAAAGAACAGUAAGAUCCUCAUCCCCAUUAUCUCAGUGAAUUAUGGUACGAGUAGUUGGUGCCUGAAUGAACUGGUUCAAAUAAUGGAGUGCAAGAAUAAUACAAGGCAAAUAGUGUUGCCUAUAUUCUACAAAGUGGAACCAUCUCAUGUGGGACAUCAAAUCGGGAGUUUUGGAGACGCGUUUCAUAAGCGUGAGAGGCGUUUGCAGGGUAGGCGUUUCGACCCAAUGAUAUUGAAGAAAUGGAAGCAAGCACUUAAUGAAGUCAGUUCCUUGAAAGGAUGGGACGCAGAGGGGCAUGAAGGAGAAUUGGUAAAAUCAGUUGUUCGAGAAGUGUUGAGUGAGCUGAAAAAAAAGUUUGAGUUGGAUAUUCCUGAAAAUUUGGUCGGAAUUGAUAGUCGUGUGGAGAAGGUUGUGAAAUUCGUAGAUAAUAAUUCUCAUGCCACCCUAUUUGUAGGCAUCCACGGAAUGGGAGGCAUUGGUAAGACAACUAUUGCUAAAACCAUCUACAACAAGCUCUCAAAUCAAUUUGAGUAUCGUAGCUUCAUCGCUGAUAUUAGGGAAUCAUGCAAGCAUGGCGUUAAGCACUUGCAGAAUCAAUUAAUCUCUGAUAUAUUGAAGCAAGAAAAUCAAGUUAGUAAUAAGGAUGAAGGGAUUAAGUUCCUCUCAUCCAAGUUUAAAGGUAAGAAAGUGUUGAUUCUCCUUGAUGACGUGGAUGAUGAUGAUCACUUGAAGGCGUUAGCUGGAAAUCAUAAGUGGUUUUCUUCGGGAAGUGUGAUCAUUAUUACCACCAGAGACGAGAGUAUUCUUAACAAAGCUUAUGUGGACUACAAGCAUGAACACGAGGAGCUGGAUAUAGAUACAUCUUUGAUUCUGUUUAGUAGACAUGCGUUUAGAAAGGAUGCUCCUCCGAGUGAAUUUGAGGUCCUCACUCAUGAUGUUGUAUCUGUCACUGGAGGGCUUCCAUUAUCUCUUGAGGUUUUGGGUUCAUUUUUGAACAAUAAAAAGCCAAAUAUAUGGAGAGAUACGAUAAACAAGUUAAUGGAAGUCCCUCCUCAGAAAGUGCAAGAAAAGUUAAGUAUAAGUUAUCGUGCAUUAGACUAUAAACAAAAACAAAUAUUUUUGGAUAUUGCUUGUUUUUUCAUUGGUACUGACAGGAGAAUCGCAUCCUACAUGUGGGACGCAUGUGGCUUCUUUCCAAAUGAGGGAAUUGAAGUAUUGAGAUUGAUGUCAUUAAUAAAAGUUGGAGAUGACCAUAAGCUCAGAAUGCAUGACCAAUUGAGAGAUUUCGGUAGGGAUAUCGUCCGCAAGGAAAACGAGAAGGAGCCUCAGUACCGUAGUAGGUUAUGGGACUCUGAGGAAGUUAUGAAAGUGCUAAAGAGAAAUAAGGGAACAGAAAAGAUUGAGGCCGUUUAUCUUAGCUCCGGCACAGCAGCUUGCCUAGGUGGCAAAAUCCAUGCAGAUGAACAAUUCAAGAAUUUAACAAGACUAAGGUUCCUUCACGCGAGUGGGGCACAAUUUAGUGGAGAUUUUAAGAACUCAAUUGAGGAGCUAAGAUGGCUUCGAUGGCAUAAUUGUCCCUUUACUUUUGAAGCAGAGAAUUUUCAUAUAGAGGAAUUAGUUGCACUCGAAUUGUCAGAAAGCGAAAUUUCAGAUAAAUGGCGAGGAUGGGAUUUCAUUAAGAUGGCAAAGAAUCUAAAAGUUCUUGACCUUUAUCGUUGUGGAUCUUUAGAAGGAACUUUCUUCCUCUCAGCUUUUAAGAAUUUAGAGGUUUUAAUCCUCAGAUAUUGUCGGAGACUAAAUGAAAUUGACUCUUCGAUUGGAGACAUGGAGAGCCUGGUACGCUUGGACUUGGAGAGAUGUGAGAUGCUCAAGGAGCUGCCAAACAGUAUAGGAGCUUUGCAGAAUCUAGAAAUUCUGAAUAUUAUGGAAAGUGGGAUAAAAGAAUUACCAGACAGCAUAGGAGCUUUGAAGAAUCUAGAAAUUCUAGAUAUUAGAAGCACUAAAAUAAAAGAAUUACCCGCUGGUAUUGGAAGGCUGAAAAAGCUCCAAAAGUUAAAUACUUUUUGGUGCUGGGAACUCCAAUCGCUGCCGGUGCUUCCUUCGAGCUUAACAGACUUGUAUGUCACCUGUCAAAGUCUCCGAUUGUCUUCACUUUUCCACCUAACCCAUCUUAAGGAAUUAUAUCUUGUUUUCUGCAAAGUUCUUGAUUUCAUCUCGGAGCUUCCAUCAUCAAUACAAGAGCUUUCAGAGUGCUCCCAACUAGCAGAUGUUGAAGAAUCAGGAUUACAAAAAUCCCUAAACACUCCCUUUAAGUUGGAAAUGCUGCAUAUCCAUGGCGGCGAGUUUAGGGAAAUACUGGACAUUUCACAAUUAAACCAUCUGAGGAUAUUAUCUGUCAUGUCUUGCACUAACAUGCUUGAAGUUCGAGGUCUUGAUAGAUUGAAAUCUUUGGAAAUCUUGACCAUUGAUGAGUGCGGUCCAAUUGAAAGGCUGGACCUUUCAAAAUCUGAGGGUAUAAAAAAGUUAUGUGUGGAAACUUGCGAAAAUUUGGUUGAAAUUCAAGGUCUCAAUAGGUUGGAGUCCUUGGAAGAAAUAAGUGUCUCUGGGUGCGCUUUACUUGUGAGGCUAGACCUUCCAAAAUCCAAGGUUUUGAAGAUAUUCAAUGCUAAAUAUUGUAAAAACUUGGUUGAAAUUCAAGGUCUCGAUAGGUUGGAGUUCUUGGAACGGAUAGAUAUCUCUGGAUGCACUUCAAUUCAGAGGCUAGAUCUUCCAAAAUCCAAGGGUUUGAAGAAGUUAUAUGUUAGAUCUUGCGAAAACUUAUUCGAAAUUCAAGGUCUCGAUAAAUUGGAGUUCUUGAAAGUGCUAAAUAUGUCCGGGUGCACUUCCUUUGGAAGGUUACCAGAUUUAUUUUGCUUUGACACCUUGAAUAAGUUGGCAAUCAACUGUUGUGACAACCUUCAUGAUAUUCAGAGCCUAGAGAGAUUCCCAUCCUGCACAAGUUUAUGGAUUGAGGAUUACAAGUCCUUAGCAAAAUUCCCAAACUUGUCAAAUUUUCGUAAUUUGCGGACAUUGUUCCUAUCAAAUUGUCAUGAACUUCAGGAGAUCCCGGGGCUUGAGGAGUCCACAUCUCUAGAACGUAUUGCUAUCUCAGGAUGUUCCUCGAUCGAAAUCUUACCUGAUUUGUCAUCAUGUACCGACUUGAUCAGUCUGGUUGUGCAAGAUUGCGAGAAAUUGACUGAGCUUCGAGGGCUGGAGAAAUUGGAGCAACUGGUAGAAUUGGACAUUUCAGGAUGCAUGUCACUCAAAACAAUACCAGAAUUAUCUGGAACGCGGAUUUAUCAAAAUUAUGAGGAAGAUUCACAGGGCUUAUAUGAAGCAAUGAGAGAAUUUGAGUUAUUCAAAUGGGAUGAGUCAGAAUUUGAGAUGGUCGAUAUUACCUAACAAAGGAGUCCAUGGGGGAAUGUUCGUGGAAGUUAAUGUGUGCUUCAGCAAAAUGUUUUCGCUCAUCAUGCCAGUAAUGGAAAUAGAUCAAAAGGCCUCCUAAGUGCAUCAUUUGUCAUUAGCCUUCGAGUAUUUGAUAGCAUGCCGAAGGUAAUCGUAUAGGUUGAAAGAUGCUGAAUGAAGGAUCCUGCAUGGAGGUCCUUCUGAUGUAAGGUUUUUGUUUGCUCUGCGCUUACCAUGCAGUUCAUGACUGCAUGUUUCUAAGUGAUCGAGAGCCUUUGGUGACACUAACGCCUCGGAUUAUGCCUGGUCAGCCUAAAGAGAUAAGGAUAACAGAGGAAGGAGAAUCUAAAAAUGGACUCAAAUUGUCAUGACAAGGCACAGAAAUUACAUUGAAACAAAAGAAACAGAUGAAGAGAUGGCCAGACAGAGAAGCCAAUCAACUUGUCACGGAGAUGCAUUAUAACAAUGCCACCAAUCAAAAGCAGCCAAAGGUAGACAAUAGGAAAAAGAAGCAAGAGGGCGGAGCAUUUGAAGGACAUUGGAAGUGUUGGAUCAACAAGAUCUCCAAGGAAGAGGAAAAUUCACCAGAAGUAGCUGUAUGAAGAUUUGGAAGUCUGAUAUGUUUUAGUACCUUGUGUUGUUAUGAUAAUCUUCAAUUAAGAUCAAGAGAUGGAUCUUGUUGUUUAUAUUUUUCUGCUAGUGUUUAAGAUGUGGGAAUGAUACUGUUAAGACCACAAGCAUUCUGCGCAACAGCCUUUUUGUGCCUGGGAGUGCGUUUGAUAUUUGAAAAGAAAGUGCAGUUGGCCUUACUUUUA